UAGUAUUUAUAUUUAACAUUUUUUUCAUGACUUUCACCUAAAACUCGAAGCCAUCGACACAGAUAUAGGUCAACACUUCGUGAACUGUCAAUACCUGUAACCCGGAUAUCAUCGGCGGCUCAGACGGACCUCAAAUGGUUCUUCAGAAGAGAUGUCGCCUGUGAGGCCAAUCUGUCGUCAUUCUCGUCCGAAUCGGAAGAGUCGGUAGUAUCGGCCUAUCCUAAAGGAUUUCACCCGAAAACAGGUCAACUCAUCGAUCAGAGUUUACUAUCAAAUUAUUAUAAACUUAAAGAUCAAAGUGCUGUCAAACAAUCCGGUGCUAAACAACAGACACAUCGCGAACAACAAACACAUCCAUCGAUGGAACGAAUGUAUAGAUCAUUGAAAACCCCGGAACCUAUAAUAGAAGAAUACGGCGCAACAACCACUGCCACCGCAACGUCGUCUUCAGAUUCCAACUCUGAGGGCGACUAUAGCUGUGAAAAUGUUAGAGAAAUAUAUCGGGAAAAGUUUGCCGAAUAUAAGACACACACAAAACCAUUGCAAAAGAGCUAUUAUCACAUGAGAUCUGAAGAGAAAAAGUUUAACACAGAGUUCAGUGAUAAUAAAAAACAUACAAAAGAUAAGAAACAGUAUUUGGAAACAGAUCUUCAAAGUUAUGAUAGAGAACCACAACGACUGGACAUUAAACAGAAAUCCACUGCCAAAAAGCAGAAACCCGAAGUGCAUCCAGAAGUGAGUCACAAAUCAACGCUUACCACUACUUUGCCACCAAAAUCUACGCCUAUAGCAAAAUCAUUGCCAAUUAUGAGAUCAAUGGAGACACAAACCAAUGGUGAGUUGGUUGUGGCGGAACAAUCUGUACCAAAACCAGUGAUGAAAGUGACGCCCGGAAAGGAUUUGAGAACUGAAUCAAAGAUUAUAAUAGAUGUGACAAAAGCUAAUAAAAAAGAGAGAAGUGAAGUGACAUCACUAACCAAACUGGACGACGAGGGCAAGAUGUCUCGUACCACACACGUCACCACAAGUCAACACAUUCCCGUCAGACCAAUGAUGGACACUAAGCCUAUGCCACGAAUUACUGAUGGAUAUCAAAGUAUACCAUUGAGAUCACAAUCACCUCAAAGAUCUAUGCCAUCACCCAUACGUAAGGCACAAUCGGAAAUCGAUGUAACACCAGCCAGCAAUGUGUCUACCCGUCCUGCAUCGGCCGAUGAUUUAUCAAUGCCACCCAUAAGCAUAGCGCCACAGAUACCGUCUACAAUGAGUUUUGGAUCGUCCACUCAUAGCUUGAAGUCAUCACUUAAGACUCCGAGUCCCACAUUUCGUCACUACGACACUGAAGAUAUAACUGUACCAAAGAUUGGUCGGGUCAGCAUUCAAGACCCAUUGCAUCUCGUGGUAAUCGCACCGCCAGAUAAUUUUGGUAACAAAUCCAUGUCUAUGAAUAGCAACGGUUUGCUUAUACCUAUAGACAAGUCCCGAUGGAAAGAGACUUCCAGUUCAACCAUUUGUAAUGAGAUGACUACCGAUGCCUUUAAAGAUGAAGAUGGUGUCGUUCAACAGCCUAAAGCAAUAUCGAUGUCCACCGAAACACUGAUUGAGAGCAAAGGCGGUGAAUCUAUGGUAAAGACUCGCUCGAGAACUGCCCGUAAGUAUGGCAAUGAAGGUCAGGAAAAAUCAAUAACCAAUGAAAUGGCAUUUAAUGGGUCGAAAGAUUACUUGAAAAACAACUUUCCAUACAUCGAUACCAAACCACCAAAAAGAUCGUUUUCACCGCCACAUCGAACCUCAUCAUCACCAGUGGUAACAUUAGUUGAUACUCCGGAGUUUUUGAGUCCCGAACCACCGGAACAGUUGCCGAAAAUGAUUAGCACAAAGAUGUCACGCGUGUCGACACCCGAUAGAGAGAAACGAGAUCCUUCUCUGGUCACAGAUGUCAGUACAUCUCGUUAUCGACCGGACGAAGAACUAACCAAACGAUUGGUGCAAAACACGUCGCGAAGGGCUGCUGUUGUUGAACCGGUUCAACAAUACAAGCCAGCCGUCAGUAGCGACACAAACAACACGGCUGUCCCAACAACAGGUCCACCGCCAGCCACUGAAAUAAUAUCACGUAUUAUUAGGACUUCUGAAUUGGAUGAAAGUAAAAAGUUUCGCAAAUCUAAGACCGUUUUUGAACAAGAAUUACAAUCAGCUCGCGAUGGACCCGGAGGUGGAUGUCAUAUAUCGACAAGCAUUGCGUUUGAUAAUCCCGUUCCUCAAAGUAGUGGUGUUAUUAUCAAAGAAAUCAAUGAAGAUGGAACUUCAAAAAGCGGAUCCACCGAUACUUUGGACCGGAGGUCUGGUGUAUCCGGAGUUUCGGGAGUAUCGGGAGUAUCGGGAGUAUCGGGAGAGAUAAUGACUGAAACAAAUUUCCAGCGCUUCAAAUCACCACAGAUCGGACCAAAUGUCAGUGAAGAGACCUCUUGGAAGUACUCAAUGCAAUGCAAUUAUCUUAACGGCACAAACACUACCUUCCGAACAACCAUUGAUUACAAACGGAUUAAAUACCCACCGCUGACAUCAUAUGAGACCAGUUUAUGA